AUGAGACCUCCAAGAGGUGGUGGCCGAAGUGGUGGUUUCAGAGGCGGUCGUGAUGGAGGAUUUAGAGGAGGCCGUGACGGGGGAUUUCGUGGUAGAAGUGGCGGUCGUUUCAGUGGUGGACGUGGCUUUCGUGAUGAAGGACCUCCUUCUGAAGUUGUAGAGGUCUCAACCUUUAUCCAUGCUUGCGAAGGAGAUGCUGUCACUAAACUUACCAAUGAGAAAAUCCCAUAUUUCAAUGCUCCCAUUUAUCUUCAAAACAUGACUCAGAUUGGAAAAGUUGAUGAAAUAUUUGGUCCUAUUAAUGAAUCUUACUUUUCAAUCAAGAUGAUGGAGGGGAUAGUUGCUACUUCUUACUCUGCUGGUGAUAAGUUUUACAUUGACCCAAGUAAACUCUUGCCUCUUGCAAGAUUUCUUCCUCAACCUAAGGGACAAGCAUCUGGUGGUAGAGGUGGAGGAAGAGGCGGAGGAGGUCGUGGUUUUGGUAGAGGACCUGGCCGUGGAAGUUUUCGUGGGAGGGGUCCACCAAGGGGAAGAGGUCCUCCUAGAGGACGUGGUGCUCCUUUCCGGGGAAGGGGUAGAUACUAA